AUGAAACAAGGAAAGCUAUCAAAACGAUCGCGAAGUUCUCAACCGAAAGGUCAUGAAUCUUAUAUCCUCGAUAAAUGGUCUGGCAAUCGCAUGCAGAAUUCUAGCAGUCAGCCAGUGUUAGUGACAAUUCCAGUCAUUAAUAAUCAAAUAUCCGAAAAUUACCACAGUAAGAACAUGUUGGCUGCUCCAGCCAUGAAUCUAUCCACACAAUUAGCCGAAUUGAGUAUGGAUCAUAAGAAGAGUGACCUAUUCCAUAGUAAUGAUAUUAUAAUUGGUCAAGAUGGUGAAGUUCUAUCUGGCAGUUUAGAAGCAUUAUUAAAGCGAUUGACUCCAACAAGAGAUUUUUCACCCGAUUCUGGAUAUAUCUUUACUGUACUAGUGAAUAUCCGAACAGUAAUCAGCCCUGAAGAAACGAUGCAACGUAUAGUUCAGAAUUCCAUGUUUUCCAUGAAUUCGGAUUCAUGUAACUUCUCCAAGGAACAUCGAACUCGAUUAUUUGCACACAUUCUACGAUUAUGUUCUGAAUGGGCAACCUCUAUACCAUAUGAUUUUCGAUCUGAUGAAAUGAGAACAAGAUUAAAUGAAUUACUGGGCAUGUGUAGUGUUGAUCAAAACAAUAAAUUGAAAGCUCAGGAAAUCCAGACAAACCUUCGAAAUGCUUUGAACAAAUUGGAUCGUUAUGAGAAAGCUGUUGCUAGUCUUCAUAAAACUUUAGCUGAAAGCCCACAAAUUCCUCAACAGCAUGAUGCUUUGGUUGGGUUAGCUGCCUUCUGUCCUGAUCCUAAGAUCAUAGCACAACAGUUAACACAUAUUGAAUUGGAACGUUUCAGUAUGGUUGGUGUUGAUGAAAUUGUUAACUCAUUAGAUACAUGUGAUAUAUCACAGCUUGGAAGGAAUAAAUCGUCUUCCAACACCCUCAAUACUAUUUCCUUUUAUGUUGAGUGGUUCAAUCGAUUAUCCUCUUUUUCAGCAACUGAAGUUUUACGACAAUCAAAACGUAAGAACCGAGUACAAAUGUUGGAGUUCUUGAUUGAUGUCGCCCGAGAAUGCUGUGAAAUGGGAAACUUCAAUAGUCUUAUGGCAAUUGUUGCGGGACUCUCCCUACCACCUAUAGCGAGACUCAAAAGAACUUGGAACAGAGUUGAUAAAGCUAAACUUGAUAUACUCCAACAUCAACUUGAUCCUUCUGGAAAUUUCCUGUCUUAUCGAGCAACCAUGAAAGCUGCUGUCUGGAGAGCAGAUUCGGCCCGUAGGCCAGAACAGAAGAUUGUGGUUCCAUUCUUUGUAUUACUUCUCAAAGAUUUAUAUAUGAUGUUUCACAAUUCCACACGAACACUCCCGAAUGGUCAUAUAAACUUCUUGGCGUACAGUCAAGUUGCCGAACAAUUACAUAAAAUAUUCUUAUGGAAGCGAGCUCCAUGUACAUUCACAAAGAAUCCUCAAGUACUUCAGUAUUUACUUGUUUCUCCUGUUUAUGGAGAGAGAGAAUCCCAAUUAGUAUCAUUUGAUUUGGAACAACCUGAAAACAGUGGAGAACGAGAAUUGCUGAAAAGAUUGCGUUUGGCCAACAAAUGA